GUCUCAGCUGGCGAGGAGCCAGGAGAUGACCCAAUUGCCCUCGAGCUGGCAGAUGAGGCGGCUCCCAGCCCGAAAGCCAAAGCGAAGGCCAAGAACAAGCGUUCGGCCUCCGAUGAUCCGGGUGAGCCGGAAGCCCCGGCCAAUCAGGAGUGCAGCGAGCAUGACGAGGGCCAGGGCGAUGAAGAAGCACCUGCUGCAGGAGCAGAGGUCGUUGAGAGUCCUGAGGGUAAAGCUACCUUUGCUAGGCGCUACAAGCCUGCUAAAGACCUUGCCGCCUGUCGUCGGUGGAUUUCAAUGAGAGACACCUACAACCUCAAAGUUGCCCCCAAGCUUGUCCGGCCGCUGGCCCUUGAGGAUGCGUUCUGGAAGCAUUGCAUGGAGGACUUGAAGGGCAAUAGGGGAGACGAUCCUCGUGCCAUCCAGAAGAUCGUUGACAAGGCGACCGUCAGUUUUCUUGCGCUGGAGCUG